AUGAGGGAAAUCAUCACAAUCCAGGCCGGGCAAUGCGGCAACCAAAUCGGCUCACAGUUCUGGCAACAACUCUGUCUCGAGCAUGGCAUCAGUCAGGACGGCAACUUACAAGACUUUGCAACCGAGAUUGGUGAUCGCAAGGAUGUCUUCUUCUAUCAGGCAGACGAUACGCGCUAUGUCCCGCGCGCGCUUUUGAUUGACUUGGAACCACGCGUCCUCGAUACAAUCCGUCAAGGACCCUUUGGCGGCAUCUACAAUGCAGAAAACAUCUUCACCACACGCGACGGCGGUGGUGCGGGUAAUAUCUGGGCGAAUGGCUACGCGCAAGGAGAAACGGUCGCUGAGGAUAUCAUGGAGAUGAUUGACCGUGAGGCAGAGGGGAGUGACUCGUUGGAAGGUUACUCUUUGCUUCACUCCAUUGCUGGUGGUACAGGCUCUGGCUUGGGUUCCUUUCUGCUGGAGCGUCUCAAUGAUCGAUACCCAAAGAAACUCAUUCAGACAUACAGCGUGUUUCCAGCCAACGAGGCAGGUCAGUCGGAUGUCGUGGUACAACCCUACAACUCUAUCCUUGCACUCAAGCGGCUCACGCAAAACGCAGACAGUGUCGUGGUCCUGGACAAUAGCGCCUUGACCAAAAUUGCUUCUGACCGUCUCCAUGUCUCGCAGCCAAGCUUUGAACAAACCAAUCAACUCGUUUCAACAGUCAUGGCAGCAUCGACACAGACGCUGCGAUACCCAGGAUACAUGAAUAACGACAUGGUGGGCAUGAUUGCUUCAUUGGUGCCGACCCCAAGGCUACACUACCUCGCAACGAGCUAUACGCCUUUCAUGGAUGAAUCCACUGAGGCUGGCAAAUUGGUGCGUAAAACAACCGUACUCGAUGUCAUGCGACGCCUGCUCAAACCACAAUCACGCAUGAUUACGGUGGCGAAACCCUCUAAAAAGGCAUGCUUCAUUUCAUGCUUCAAUGUGAUACAAGGUGAGGCAGACCCAGCUGACGUUCACAAAUCACUGUUGCGCAUCAGAGAAGCAAAGAUGGCGACGUUCAUUCCAUGGGGUCCAGCAAGUAUUCAGGUGGCUUUGACAAAGAAGUCACCGUAUGUCAAGACGCAACAUCGCGUCAGUGGUCUCAUGCUGUCCAAUCAUACCCACAUGGCAAGUGUCUUCAAGACAACCUUGGAUCAAUACAAUCAGCUUCGCAAACGUGGUGCCUUCUUGGACGCGUAUCGCAAGUUCCCCAUGUUCUCUGAUACGCUUGAAGAGUUUGACGAUGCAAAAGAGGUCUUGGUGAGGCAGAUUGAGGAGUACGAGUCGGCAGAAACGAAGAAUUACCUUGAACGCUAG